AUCAUGUUGCUGUGGGAAAUGAAGAGUGGAAUCCCUGGGAAGGGGACGAGAAAAAUGAGCUGCUUGCUUCUCAGCAGAGAUACGAAGCUAAUCUUAAAAUGAUAAAAAACGCAAGAUCUCACCUAGAACAAACCAGUGUUAGAGUACAGAUUUGGGGCAAAGCAGCAAUUGGUCUUUACCUUUGGCAACAUAUUUUUGGAGGGCAUCUUGAGCCAGUUGAUGUGACUGCACAGUGGAGAGAAGGAAGCCAAAGAGCUGGAAAAACAUAUUUCAGCUUCGUCACUGGUCCGUCUGUAGUUCCUGGCUACUUCUCAGUGGAUGCUGAAAGCGUUGUGCUGGUUCUGAACGGGAGAGAACAGGCGAAGAUCACGUACGCCACGCAGUGGCUGCACUACGCACAGGCCUUGGUUCAGGCUCACAAAAUACAGCACGUGGCGGUUGUGCUGCUUGGGAAUGAGCAGUGCAACAAUGAGUGGAUUCAGCCGUACCUGAGAAGAAACGGAGGAUUUGUAAAUCUGCUCUUUGUUACAUAUGACUAUGCGUCGGUAAACGAAGAAGAUAUUUUCCAGUGGCCUUUAGGAGUAGCUACCUACAGAAAUUUCCCAGUUGUAGAACCCAGCUGGUCAAUGCUGCGUGAUCCAAGAUCAUAUCUAUGUAAUUUCUUAGGAACAGUUUACAAGAACUCUUCUAGGGAAACCCUAAUGGAAAUUCUGAAGCAGGAUGGGCUUGACAAACUUUGCUGGAUUGCAGCCAGAGAACAGUGGCAGCCUCAAGAAACAAAUGAAAGUUUCAAAAAUUAUCAAGAUGCCUUGCUCCAGAGUGAUUUGACAUUGUGCCCAGUGGGAAUAAAUACAGAAUGCUAUAGAAUUUAUGAAGCUUGUUCAUAUGGAUCUCUGCCUGUUAUAGAAGAUGUAAUGACACCGGGUGAUUGUGGAAACUCAUCAGCGUACCACAGGGCUCCAUUACAAUUACUAAAAACCAUGGGGGCUCCAUUUAUCUUUAUUAAAAACUGGAGAGAGCUUCCUGCUGUUCUAGAGAAAGAAAAAAAAAUGAGCUUACAAGAGAAGAUUCAAAGGAGAAAAAAGCUUAUAGAAUGGUAUAGAAACUUCAAAGCAUGGAUGAGAGAGAAAUUCAUUAAUACUUUGGAAAAUUCAUUUUUGUCCAGUGAUAAAUUGUCCCUUUUGAAAAUCUAGAAUAGAUUGAAAACUUAAUUUCCAUUAAGCUUCAGGGGAAGCUUUUAUACAAAGGAAAUCUCACAGGGCAGAUACAUUCCUUUUGAAGUCAACAGCAUUGCACUCACUUGGCGAAGAGGAGCUACGUUUGGCCCACCAUCCUGAACAGUUUUCAGAGAGGCUGUUGACUUAGCAGGAU